AUGGUAACCCUAUUGGGGUUCAUGUUCAUUGUCGGAAAUGUGAUGCUCAUAGAGAUGUUGAUGCCUGAUCUUGUGGGACCUGGUCCCUCUUGGCUAUAUUACAGUUUUGCUUUCGGCAUGUGGAUGUACUCCACGCUGGAUAAUGUUGACGGCAAACAAGCUCGGAGAACGGGAACGUCUAGUGGGUUGGGGGAGCUGUUUGAUCAUGGAAUCGACUCCUUGAAUUGUACGCUUGCUAGUCUGCUAGAGACUGCCGCGUUGGGCUUUGGCUCCACUAAUCUAGGCGCCUGGACAGCUCUUGUUCCUUGCCUCGCAAUGUAUUUUUCCACCUGGGAGACCUAUCAUACACAUACUCUCUACCUCGGCUACUUCAAUGGCCCUACUGAGGGUCUUUUGAUCGCAAUUGGUUUGAUGGUGGCAUCGGGCUGGUAUGGGCCUGAGAUAUGGUCUCGGCCGAUAGUCGAGUUCUUAAAUAUCCCCCAGAUCUUUGGAAACAACUCAGUGAAGGAUCUUUGGAUUCCCCUCCUUCUCUCAUCGUUCUUCUUGGGACAUUUGCCUGGUUGUGUCUACAAUGUCAUUUCUUCGAGGAGAAAACAGAAUCUCCCCAUAUCCCCGAUCUUCAAGGAGUGGGUGCCAAUGAUCGUCUUCACUGGAUGCAACAUGGCUUGGCUCUUCUCUCCUUAUUCGAGAAUAUUGGCUGAUAACCGCUUGGUGUUGUACUGUUGGACAAUCUCGUUCGUCUUUGGACGGAUGACUACAAAGAUCAUUCUUGCGCAUCUGCUGAGACAGCCAUUCCCCCAUUGGACCGUCUUGCAAACACCUCUGGUUGGCGGUGCUGUUUUGGUGAACUUGCCCUGGAUUGGUCUUCCCGGGAUGAGCGCAUGGGUGGAGCUCCUGUACCUGCGGAUGUAUCUCCUCUUUGCCUUUGUCAUCUAUAUGUACUGGGCAUUCUUGGUCAUCAACCGGAUCACGACCUUCUUGGGUAUCAAUUGUUUGACGAUUCGGCGCGACAAAUCGACAGCCCGAGAGCAGGCUUACCGUGACCUUGGUGAGAGAAAUUUCGAGGAUGCCAAUACUGGUGGUGACACUAACGCGGGGCGCUAUAAAAGUCAUUGA